AUGUCUGAUUACGACCACUUUGGGAGCUCCGAAGAGGAGAGCGCCGAGAUCAAGAAGCUCCAGGCUGAUGUGGAUGCCGACCCCGAUAACUUCGAGACCUGGGAGAAGCUGGUCCGCGCCUGCGAGGGCUUAGAGGGCGGCUUGAACCGCAACUCCAGCCCCCAGGCACUGGCCACUCUUCGCGAUGCCUACGACCGCUUCCUCCUCAAAUUCCCCUUGCUCUUUGGCUACUGGAAGAAAUAUGCCGAUCUCGAGUUCAACAUUGCUGGACCCGAGUCAGCGGAAAUGGUUUAUGAGCGAGGAUGUGCCAGCAUCACCAAUUCUGUCGACUUGUGGACCGAUUAUUGCUCCUUCAAAAUGGAGACCACUCACGUCCCACACCUCGUCAGGGAGUAA